AUGGCAAAAUGGAAAGCUAAACUGUGGUUCAACAAGAAAUGUUACAAAGUCAGACAGAAAGCCAUCAAUGCCAUGAAUAUAGCCAGAAGAACUCAAUCACGGUAUGACUUGGACUGCUAUGGAAGAGGAAAAACGUGUCAUGGAAUCAAUGAGACAGAGACUGUACAAGGCUCUUCAGCUGAAGCAACCAAAAUUCCCAGAGAACAUCCAAUGGAAGUGUGGGAAAGACAUUUAAGCCCAGUCCUUCAGGCUAACCACACGCGCCCGCCGGCAAGAAGCCCCACAGCGACUCCAGUCCCUGCUCAUGAGAUUGAAUUUUUCACAGAAGGAGAAAUAAUUCAUACAAUUAUGAGCAUGAAGAACAAUAAAGCAUGUGGCCCAGACAACAUCUAUAACGAGAACCUGAAAACUACACUCGCUGUACUAGUGAUUCCAUUCAUAGCCCUCCUAACUGAGAGCCUGAAACAAGGAACUGUACCAGAUUACUGGAAGCAUUCAAAGGUGAUAAUGCUGUACAAGAGAAAAGGUAACACAGCUGACCCUGAUGCAUACAGGGGCAUUUCACUAGAGGAAAUCCUAUUCAAGAUCUUAACAACUAAUUCUAGUAAUGCAUCUACAAGUCUGUUUAUCAUCAGCUAA